CCGAGUAUGAUAAACACCCAGGACAGUAGUAUUUUGCCUUUGAGUAACUGUCCCCAGCUCCAGUGCUGCAGGCACAUUGUUCCGGGGCCUCUGUGGUGCUCCUGAUGCCCCUCACCCACUGUCGAAGAUCCCCGGUGGGCGAGGGGGCGGCAGGGAUCCUUCUCUCUCAGCUCUAAUAUACAAGGACGAGAAGCUCACUGUGACCCAGGACCUCCCUGUGAACGAUGGAAAACCUCACAUCGUCCACUUCCAGUACGAGGUCACCGAGGUGAAGGUCUCUUCCUGGGAUGCAGUCCUGUCCAGCCAGAGCCUGUUUGUAGAAAUCCCAGAUGGGUUAUUAGCUGAUGGGAGCAAAGAAGGAUUGUUAGCACUGCUAGAGUUCGCUGAGGAGAAGAUGAAAGUGAACUACGUCUUUAUCUGCUUCAGGAAGGGCCGGGAAGACAGAGCUCCACUCCUGAAGACCUUCAGCUUCUUGGGCUUUGAGAUUGUACGUCCAGGCCAUCCCUGUGUCCCCUCUCGGCCAGAUGUGAUGUUCAUGGUUUACCCCCUGGACCAGAACUUGUCUGAUGAGGACUAAUGGUCACAGAGGAUGCUUUGCCCAAGAGCCACAGUGGGGGAAGAGGGGAAGGCAGGCAGCCCUGGGACAGAGGAGAGGGCUCCUGACUGUCUAGGGAAGGACGCUGUGGGGCUCAGGGCGAGGGUUGCCUCUUGUGUUCUCGGAGUUGACUCGUUGCAAUUGUUUUCCAUAAAGAACAGUAUAAACAUAUUAUUCACAUGUAAUCACCAAUAGUAAAUGAAGAUGUUUAUGAACUGGCAUUAGAAGCUUUUUAAACUACGCUGUGUGAUGUGCUCUAUCUAGCCUAGGGGAGGACAUUGCCUAGAGGGGAGGGACCACCAGGUCAGGACAAGGCCUGAGGGCCAGAGGGCAGUGCUGUCAGGCUCAGCUUCCCCUGCUGUCUGUUUUCUUUUUCUGGUUUCUAAGACUUGUGUAUUUUCUUUCUUUGCUUCUUGUCACUCAGGGGCCCCUGAAUAUAGGCCUUCUAGUCCCUGGGCAGUGUCCUUGAGUUGUUCUGACACUCUCCCUGGCUUCUCUGUGCAUUUGUAUCUGCCUGGAGUAAGCAGGUCUGACCCCUCCUCCUUUACAGCUUAGUGUUCUUCUGGCAUUUGGUUAAGCUGGCUUAAUCUGUUUAAUGUUAUCAGUGCAUUUCAGAUAGGGGCAUUGAAGUUCACUCCCACCACCAGGGCUUUUAUUUGGGGUGCCUGGGCCUUAAAAAGCACUAGCCAAACUCCAGUUCUCAACGUCAUCAUCAGAAGCUCUUGCUCCUGGCAGCAGGCCCAGGCCCUAAGGUCUCCUUCCUAGAGUCAGGGUCACAAAGAGCAAAGAGGAAGAGCAAGCCAGGACCUGAGAACUGUGGGGACUGUCCUGAGAGACUGGAUGCUCCUGGCUGGCCGAUUACAGUGACUGCCUCCCCUACCAGGUCUGAGCUGUGCUUGAGACCCUUGCCCACAGGGCCACUGGGCAGGACUGGGGUCCAGAGUGGUCUGCCUUUUGUUUUCACUGAACAGCUUGUUCUACGGGGAGCGGAAAGGGGCGAAAUCUAGAUUGGGUGAGGGGGGUGGGGGUGUCAGGGAGGCAAGUGUGUUGUGUUACUGUGUCAAUAAACUGAUUUAAAGUUGUG